AUGUCCAGCCGCUUCGUGCCCAUGAGCAAAACUGUAGAUAAAUCGAAAAUCAACCAUUUCGUCUCUGAAUUGGGAUGUAUUGAUCGUCUACUUGUUUUAACAGGAGCCGGCGUUUCGACAGAAUCAGGUACUAGUUUUUUUUAUGUUACACUGCUGAAUUACUUUUAGAUUUUAGGAAUUCCGGACUACAGAUCUCAUAAAGUAGGACUUUAUGAGCGUACCAAUCAUCGGCCAAUUCAACAUUCCGAGUUUAUGAAAUCCGAAUCGAUACGGCAAAGGUUUUUUUUUUCGAAUUUUCGUUACUUUUUUUCAACCUUUUUAAUGAUAAUUAGGACAGAAAAAAAAUCAAAAAAAUUUUUUUAGGAAAAAUUAUUUUUAUAUGAAAAUGCCAUUUUCAAAGUUAUUUGCGCGUAAUGCGAAAUGGCCUCUGUCUCUCAAAAACGAAGUUAUCUUUUUUUUUCUCUGAUAAAAAUUUAGAAUUUUGCGAAAUCACUUUGAACACGGUUCAAAGAUUUUUGUACAUUAUUAUUUUGUUCAAAAGUCGAUCUCAAGCCAGUUGUGCAAAAAACUGAAAGUUAGGAUCAAAAAGGAAAAUUUUCCAUAAACUUUGUUCGUCAUGAUUGUUUUGCAGUUUUGCAAGAGUUAUUUACCAGCUAGUGGUUCAUUUUCCGUAAACCUCAUUUUUUCAUCUUUGAAACGUUCAGAUAAAAUCAAAUAGAAAAGUUUCAAACAAAAAAAGGAGCAAUUUCUAAGCUUUAUCUUUUUUUUUUAGAUAUUCAUGAAUUUUACCUCUGUUGUACAAAAAUGAAUCAUACAUCAUUCUACCAAAAGUCGUUCAAACCGAAACAUCAAACUUUCAAUUUCAGAUACUGGGCGCGAAACUUCCUCGCUUGGCCAAACUUCUCACAGGCUCCUUGCAACGUGACCCACAAGGCUGUGGCUCGUUGGGAACGCUCGAGCAGAUUUGUUUGGUUGAUCACUCAGAACGUGGACGGACUUCAUUCCAAGUAAAAAAACUGCUUCCUGAAUGGAGAUGAUAUAUUUCCAUAGAGCAGGAUCGGAGAUGAUCACUGAGCUUCAUGGAAGUGGUCACUUUGUAAGAUGCAUGAGCUGCGAGUACAGAAUUCCGAGGUAUAUUUUCCUGUUUCAUCAAAUGUUUGAAAGGAAAAUGAACAGAAAAAGGCCAACUUUCUUGUACAGUGCUGUCAAAAAAGAUAAAAUAAACGGGUUUCACAAAUUUCUUUUAAGGAAUUCAAAAUUCCUGAAAGUUUCUGGUUUUGUGAUGACUGCUAUUUUCAACCCUUUGAUGAAGUUUCAGUUUACAGAAAAAGACGCAGCUUCAAAAACUCUCAUGAAGAUUGAAUUCCUUACAAGAGAAUUGAUCAAAGAGCUUUUCAAGGCUUCAAUUUGAUGGAGCAAAAAAAUACUUUUUAUUCAUCUCAAGAACUGAGAUUCUCCGUCCGUUUAUUAUCAGUUAGAAGAUAGAUUUUUUUCAACUUUUUUUGACCGAUAUAUUAUUUUCAUAAAAAAACCAGAGAGUUUUUCAUCCUGAAAAAAAUUUUUUUAUUCAGGAAUGAUUUUCAAGUUCAAUUGGCAUCAUUGAAUCCCCAAUGGCUCCAGCAACACACCAAACCUGGAGAAUUAGCCCCUGACGGUGAUGUUCAAAUCGAACCAGGAUCAGAAAAAGGUUUUUUUAUUUAUUGUUGAAAUUUUUUUCAUCGAAACAAACAACAAAAUUGUUCAGCAUUCUGACAAAAGAAGUGAUUUUUACUUUACGCUUGUGAUCUUCCUGAAAGUUGGCCAGAAUGCUCAUUGAUGUACUAAAAGAUGAUACUGAAUGUCUCAAACUGCAAAACUUUCUAUUUUUCGAGAAAUAAGAUCUCAAAGCCUCAAAAUAGCCUUUUUUAUGGAUUUCGAGGGUUUUCUCUGGCUAUAAAGUUUUCUUUCUCGAAAACUAGGAAGUUGUGCAAUUUUCAGCAUUUUAUUAGAUACAUCAAAAAGUGUUCUGGUCAAUUUUUAUAAAAUUCCCAACCGCAAACUAAAAGGGUCUCCCCUGUAAGAGGCGUAAAACUCCGUUUUUUUUGUUCAAGUUGAAAAAGGGUGUUCGAAAUUUCAAAAGUUUGCAACCCCAAGCUUUUUAUAUUUUAAAUGAAUUAAAAAAUUUUUAGGGUUUCGUAGUCGCACCUUGUAUGGAAUGCGGUGGCGUGAUGAAAACGGACGUUAUAUUUUUUGGGGACAAUGUUCCUAGAAAAAUAGUUGAUUUCUGUUAUGAGAAGGUAACAUUUGAGACAUUUUUCAAAGAACUCAAUUUUCAUUCUCAGGUUGAAGAAUGCGACGGGAUUUUAGUCCUUGGUUCCUCGCUCACUGUCAUGUCCGGUUAUCGUUUCGUAUAUCAGGUUCUACAGUUUUUUUGUUUGUUUAAUAAUCUAAUUAUCAUUGUUUAGGCCAGCCUGCAAGGAAGACCAAUUUUUAUCGCUAAUAUCGGUCCCACGCGUGCUGACCAUUUAGCCACGAUGAAAAUCGAGUGCAAAUUAUCCCAGCUCGUUGAAAAAAUUUGA